AUGUCAUGGAAUUGCCAAAGAAUAACCAAAAACAUACCAUGUUGGGUAAACGCGAAAAUUGGUGUUACGUUGAUCCUUUCCCACCCCGACCUAAUUGGUGUUACGUUGAUCCACUCCCUCGCCGACCUAAUUGGUGUUACGUUGAUCCACUCCCUUGCCGACCUAGUUGGUGUUACGUUGAUCCACUCCCUCGCCGACCUUGUUGGUGUUACGUUGAUCCACUCCCUCGCCGACCUAAUUGGGGUUACGUUGAUCCACUCCCUUGCCGACCUAAUUGGGGUUACGUUGAUCCACUCCCUCGCCGACCUAAUUGGUGUUACGUCGAUCCACUCCCUCGCCGACCUAAUUGGUGUUACGUUGAUCUACUCCCUCGUCGACCUAAUUGGUGUUACGUUGAUCCACUCCCUCGUCGACCUAAUUGGUGUUACGUUGAUCCACUCCCUUGCCGACCUAGUUGGUGUUACGUUGAUCCACUCCCUCGCCGACCUAAUUGGGGUUACGUUGAUCCACUCCCUCGCCGACCUAAUUGGGGUUACGUUGAUCCACUCCCUUGCCGACCUAAUUGGGGUUACGUUGAUCCACUCCCUUGCCGACCUAAUUGGUGUUACGUUGAUCCACUCCAUCGCCGACCUAAUUGGUGUUACGUUGAUCCACUCCCUUGCCGACCUAAUUGGGGUUACGUUGAUCCACUCCCUUGCCGACCUAAUUGGUGUUACGUUGAUCCACUCCCCCGCCGACCUAAUUGGUGUUACGUUGAUCCACUCCCCCGCCGACCUAAUUGGUGUUACGUUGAUCCACUCCCACGCCGACCUAAUUGGUGUUACGUUGCUCCACUCCCUCGCCGACCUAAUUGGUGUUAGGUUCAUCCUCUCCCUCGCCGACCUAAUUGGUGUUACGUUGAUCCUCUCCCUCGCCGACCUAAUUGGUGUUACGUUGAUCCUCUCCCUCGCCGACCUCAUUGGUGUUACGUUGAUCCUCUCCCUCGCCGACCUCAUUGGUGUUACGUUGAUCCACUCCCUCGCCGACCUGAUUGGUGUUACGUUGAUCCACUCCCUCGCCGACCUAAUUGGUGCUACGUUUAUCCACUCCCUCGCCGACCUAAUUGGUGUAUCCGAGGUUUUCUGUUUUAACUAG